UAUAAAUAAAGAGACGAAGACGGUGUUUGUGUCGGAAAUAAAAAUUGAAUCAAUGAUGAACGAUACUUUAGAAUUGGAUUAUGCUGAAAUGCUUCGUUACAUAGGUUUAGUUGUAUCGGACGAUUGCUUAAGUUCGGAAAUGAUAGACGGUGUACCGAUACGAAAAUUAUUUAUCAGUAAUUUGGCUGAAAGGACAACUUUCAAGGAUUUACGUGACUACUUUUCUAUGUAUGGAAAUGUUGAGAGUUGCUAUUUACGUAGAAACCAUGGGAAAAGCAACUAUGCGUUCGUCACAUUUACCAAAGUGGCAGAUGCAAUAACAGCGAUGCAAGAUGGGAGUAGGAAACGAAUAAGAUUGCAUAAUAGAGAUUUAAGAGUGAUGGCUGCAGAUUCUUGGCAUCAACCUGACAGUAUGGAACAGAGAUUGUAUAAUGUAGGAAAAGAGUUGAAUAAAAUUUCUGAAAGAAAGGAACAAUACGUUCACAAGUAUCUGCAAAAUGAUACUGAAAAUGUAUCCAUCCAUAUGCUGAAUGACGAUUGCUUAAGACAUAUCUUCCUAUUUUUGCCAAUAGUAGACAGAGUUCGUAUAGAGAUAGUUUGCAAACGCUGGAGAGAUUUAAGCCAAGAUUCAUGGCAUAUGAUAAAAACAUUGGAUCUCUCACCUUCUACAUGGGGUUUCUCGCACACCCAUAUGAUUCAUACAGCUUUACUUCGUAAAAUAUUGCUGAAAUGUGGCAGAUUCUUAACGCGAAUAGAUCUAGAUGAGCCACUUCAUUAUUUAAGUCAAAGCACAUUAACUAUUAUUGGAAAAUUUUGUCCUAAUCUUACGUGUAUCAAUAUUACCGCAUUAACAGUUUGUGCAUCAGGUAUACGUACAUUAGCAAAUAACUGUAGAAACAUAAUCAAAUUUUGUUUAGGACCAUCCACCUACAGUUGUGAUAAUGAAUUAAAAUAUCUCUUCAAGUUAAAUCAAAACUUGGAGUGUCUUGUGAUAACCAGAAAUAAUAUUUUGGGUAAAUCCUUAUUAUGUUUGCCAGAGCAAACUAUGCAUACAAUUAUAUUAGACCGCUGCGACUAUCUUCAGGACAAUCAUCUUUCAAUGGCUCUGAAGAAACUUGAAAAUUUGACACAUCUUGUAAUAAACGAAUGUGUCGGCAUAGCUAAACACACGUUGGAAAUCAUCAGUCAACAUUGUAAAAAUCUUAGAAUAUUGGAGCUUAAUGGGAACUUUCCCUCCGCACAAACAGCGGACAUGUUAUAUUUAGUCCACCUUGUCAAUCUGCAUGAUUUAAAAAUCACAUAUAAUCCUAAAGUAUCGGACGAUUUCCUUACUGAUUUAGUACAACAUUGUCAACAGCUUACCAACAUAGAUAUUACAGGUUGCUGUAAUGUGAGCGAUGCCGGAUUAGCGGCUAUCGCUACGUUAAUAAGGCUAGAAAAAUUGGUCGUCAGUUAUAUACAUCAAGUUACUGACGAAGGUUUAAAAAACAUGUGUGGCUUGAAAGAAUUGGAGUGUCGAAGAUGUCCAUUUAGCGAUCGGGGUAUAACAAUGCUCAUAAAGUCCUCGCCCCAGUUAAAAUUGUUAGAUCUCUCCGGAUGUAGAUAUAUCAAGGAUUCCACCCUCGAGGUUGCUAAAGACGCUUGUAGCAAUCGAACUAAUAAUGUAAUGUUGAAGAUGAUAAUUGGGGGAACAGCAAUUUUCGAUCUCUUUGGUUUAGAAAGACUACCUCCGCUAUUGCAUAUAGUUAAUGUUGAUUUGUCUGAUCUUAGCAGUGUGUCUACUAUGUAUCUCGUGGAUGAUUUGGAAUCUUGGCACGAUGAAGAUUCAGAUUAUACGGAAUAUUCCGAUUAUACAGAAUAUUCCGACUAGACGGAAUAUUCAGAAAAUGAUUAUAGUAAAUA